UUUUGUUACUCUUUUUUGAGUUUUUAGUAUCUUUUUUUGUUUCGACUAGAAGAGCGAAUUUCGCGUUACUGAUUCUAUGCCGGCGCUGGUCUUUCUUGGUCGUCGCUGGCAGGUCGGCUCGGACGACUUUGUGCUGCCCGACCUGGUCACUGUUGCGCUGCGAUCGCUGUGGAUUGCGGGCCUCGCUGUCAUUUAUACGCACGCCUCGUCGCGCUACGGCGAAUGCGACGGGUUUGACGUGCUGCAGGCGUACCUGCUCGCUGGUCUCGGUCUGUACGGCGUCGUGGUGAUUCUGGAGCUCGUCAUUGUGCGGACCUCGUUGCAAGGAAGCAUCCUGAACUCGCGCGCAAGGAAAGCCAUCCCAAGCCUGCUCCUGGCUCGACUUGCGCUCAGCGUCCUCGAGCUGGCGUUCGCGGGGUGGGGUGUCGACGAAAUCUUCUUCCAAGACCGCCUCUCGUGCGAGGAGGACCUCGACAACGUCGUCACCGAUGUGCUGCAUGCCAUCAUUAUUGCAAACUGGUGCCUGGUCGGGAUUGAGCUCGUCUCCUUUUGGCUCGUGUUUGAUCCGAUGGGUUCGAUUGCCAACCCACGAGCGCGCUCCGAGUACCGCGCCACCGAGGCGUACGCCAAAGCGUGGGCGUCCAAGCUGCGAUGCCUCUUCUGCUGUGUGUCGGACGAUCUCCCCGCCGGCUCGUCCUCGCAAACGGCGUUUGGCAAUGGGCAGAUUUGGAUGGAGCUCGCGCAGCUCUUGGCCGGCUUUUUCAAGCACCUCGAUGUCGUCCCGUCCGACAUUGCCGCCGGAUUGGCCAUUUUGCGCGCUCGGCAGCGUGUGGAAGAGCGCCGACGCAUCAUUAGCAAGGCCGCCCGCGUCAAUGGUGCAGAGUCUGCUGGCAGCAGCGAGCUGGGCUCCAAUUCUCGCCCUCUGUCGCCCCGGUUUACCUCCACCGGCCCGCUGCCGUACUACCCAACUGCCAACGGCCAGCCUGCCACGCGCGGCGUGUCCAGAUCGUUCCUGUCGGGCACCAGGCCCGCCACCAGGAUUUACGACCAGGUAACGCAAGCUCACUCGAGCAGCCUUGGCCUGCAUGCCGAAGUCGAUGCGGCCGACCUUGCGGAAGUGCACCACUUUGGUAAGCUGGCCCUGGGCAUCUACGGCUGGCCUCUCUACCUCUUUAUGCACCUGUGCACCGGUCUGUGCCGCCUGAACGUGUGCAACUGCGAGGGCACCCCUUGCUGCAACAAGCCCCAGUUUGCACGCUAUGACAUUUCGAAUGCCCAAACUCACACCUCGCGGCCCGCGACCACCAAGGACGUCUAUGUUGGCGACAAUUGCUGCUCUUGCAACCUGGCCGCGCUCAAAAAGCAGUCGGGGCUGAACAACUGUGACAUUGCGUACGUGAGCUUUAGCAACCGCGUUUUCGAAACGCCCUUCUAUGUCGCCAUCGACCAUUCGCGGCGAUGCGUCGUCAUCACUGUUCGCGGCACGCUGUCGUUUGACGAUGCCGUCGUCGACCUCAUUGCUGCAGAAGAGAAAGUGCGCAUCCCGGGCACCGACUUUGACUCGUACGUCCACCGUGGCAUCUUCCAUGCCGCUCAAGGUGUCAAGACGACGCUGGACAAUGUGGGUGUACUGAAGGCGCUGCUUGGCCCUGGCGGCCAUUGCGAAGGCUUUGGCUUGGUCGUGAUUGGCCACUCUCUCGGCGCCGGUACUGCCAGUCUGCUGACACUGUUGCUGCGUCCCGAGCACCCAGAGGUGACGUGCUAUGCGUACUCUUGCCCUGGUGCCAUGGUCAGCCACGAGCUGUCCCGGUAUUGUCAAGACUUUAUCAUCUCCAUCGUCUUGGGCAAGGAUGUGGUCCCGCGCCUUGGUCGACGCAAUGCCGAGUUGCUGCGUGACCAGCUGGUGCACGCUGUUUCGGCGUCCCGUGCUGCCAAGUGGAAUAUUCUGGGCCACGCCACGUGCAGCAUUUGCUGCAGUCCGCUCGGAUGCUGCUGUGGGACGAAUCACGAAGCCGAAGGCGAGUUUACAGAGGACCGUGCCCGCGCUCUUGGUCUGGACGUCGAGAUUGACAUCCCAUCAGCCAGAAAACCCCAGACGCAGCAGCCAACGUCCCGCCAGAUGAGUGAUGUCACCACGCUUGCGAGCAAUCCUGAGCCAGCAUCAUUAUUAUCAUCAUCAUCAUCAUCACCGCCCUCGUCCUCCCAUGGAAACUCUCAACAACCAGCGUCGUUGCGAUCGUCUGGUCGCGCUGGUUACUCUGCCCUUCCCACGAGUGACGAGGACGAGUCUGCCUCGUUGUUAGGAAGCUACAAUCGGGCGCGUGCGUCCGAUCCCGAACCAGUUGCCAUGUACAUGCCUGGUCGAGUGCUGCACAUGGUCAAGACAAAGUCGCGGACAACCCACUGCGGUCUGGCCAAGGAACGCGUGUAUGCGGCGCGUUGGGCAGAAGUGACCGAGUUUGAUCACAUUCUCGUGUCGCCAUUGAUGGUGGCAGACCACAUGCCCGACAAGGUUAUGGCCGUGCUUGGAAAGCUAGUGAGCCAAAACGCUCACUCUGUUUCGGAUGUGUAAUCAGAUUUGUCUAAAAGGUGCGAAUGAAUUUUUUAUGAGAGCUGUGCUCUGUGGUCGUGUAGUGGCUUGUGUGUUUGUUUUGAGUGAUUGUGUGCUGAGUGGUGAGUAGGGAAAGGGGCGAUCAUUUUGGUUGUUCAUCCGUCUGUUCUCGAGAAACUUGGUUUUACAUUGUACAUGAAGGGAAAUACAGCGAAAGAGAUUCCGAAA